AUGACGACGAUUGAACGACGAUUGACCAAGAAUAUUCCGUCUUUUGAUAGCCGCACGUCCGAAGAGAACGACCCGAGCUUUACUACUGAAGAUGAGGAAGUAGACGAGACGUUUGUGGCGCUACAAAAGAUGCUCAAGACACUCAAUCGCUCCAAUCGCACCCGCCAUAACAGUUCUAAUAGUAGCAAUGGUAGUUUUCUAAGCAAUAGCAGCAACACUCAGGUGAUACCGGCUAAUGACAGCACCAAUCAACAGCGUAUGACGCGCGAGGAAAUGCUAGAAAGCAGACGACAGGAACGGGAUCGGUUUCGUCGCUCCCUCUUUGCCACGAACAACAAGAAUAAUGUUCAUAACUCGCGUCGUCGACGCACUUGUCCGGGGUACUACUGCUCCGAAGAGGAGGAGGAAGACGAAGCUCCGGAGCCUUCUGUUGAAAGCACCAUUUCGAACAGGUUCAUGAAUGGAUCGUUUUCGAAUCUGAAUGUGCACAUUAUCUCACGCAGUCGGUGGACAACGGAGGACCGUGUUAUGGAGCGCCUUCCUAUUGUGAUGCUGUCUAAGGAUGGCAAGGUUUCUAUUCCUACAGACAACAAGAAGAUUAAUGUGGUACAAACAGACGAAUACAUUGACUUGCGUGACAAGUUGAUCGAGAACCUGCCACCGGGAGCAGCCUCUAUGCAUUACCUCACACCGCCACGAUCUACGUGGUACAUGCAGAUGCACGACUUUGAGGAGCUUAAAUGGUAA